AUGCCUGGCCUGCGCGUCUGGGUUGUCAAUGUCACGGAUCUCAUGAUCCUGGAGGCGUCCAGCAGCCACCCUCAGGCUUUGACGGAUGAUGCCUUCGAUGCUCUCUUCACCGAAGACGUCCCUAUCCAUUUCAACUAUCAUGGGUACGCGAACGAACUCAAAGGUCCCCGAAUCGGGCGCAACAAUAUGCACCGUGUCACUAUUGCAAACCACAACGAAGAAGGAUCUACUACUACGCCUUUCAACAUGAUGCUUGUGCACAGCACGAGUCGGUACCACGUAGCCAUGCAAGCCACAAAGGGCGCGGCGAAGAGGAACGAAGCGGCCAGGCUGAGAUCACACGAGGUGACGAGCGAGUUAAUGGGAAUGAUCAGCAAGAUGCAGAAUGAUAUUAUGAAAGAGGAGACCGAUCCAGAUUACCUCAACGAGAUCGGGAAUUUCAAACCUGAUACAGCCUCAAUGAGUGUAGGCUAG